CUGUAUAACGAGCAACAUUAGAUAAGUGAACUAUAAAAAAAAGAAAAAAGUAAAAAUGAAAUUAGUCUGGUCGCUAGUAGUCUUGAGCUAUGCUUUACUCGAAGUCCAAGGAUAUCCAUUCCCAGUGUUCACGUCUUCAGCAAAUGUCGAUACGUGGUCGUACGGAGAUGCUCAUCGUGGCGGCAAAGUUUUAAGUCGUUCGUACAACCCAUACGCCAGUCGACGAGCAGUAAGAGCUGGCCCGACCACCUACUCAGUUUGGAAACCAGAAACCGAAUUUAAUCCUUUAACAUCUCAUCAAUCGAUCCAGUAUCAUCAGGAAAGACGUCGCCAAGCUUUACUUGAAGUAAACGACACACCACCGCAAGAGAAUGAAAUCUUCUACCCCCAAGAGAAUCCAGUACCCGUUGCUGAUGAAGCCACAGAAUUAAUUAAACCACUUGAAGUAUCACCAGAAGCGCCAACAACAGUAAGAGCUAUUGUACCUGAACCAGCUGAACCUGAAAAAGAAGAAAAGCCGGCUCCAGAACCAAAAGCUGUAGAGAAGAAGAUUCCAUCCAAAAAGCCAGUAGUAGAUGAAGAAGAGGAUGAAGAUGAUGAUGAUGAUGACUCCCCAUCUCAACCCAAGUUCCCUGGUAAUGCCUUCUUCCCAAUGUUUUUUGCUUGGGGAGGUGGAAAUGGACCUGUAGCAGUAGCUAAUUCGUUCAGUAAGGGACGCGGUGGUGCGGCCGCUAGCGAAGCCACUGCUUAUGGAAGCUACGUCCCUCUUGUAAAAUCAGCUGCUGCUUUAAAAUCACACUAAAAUGCCCUCAGAAUUAUUCGAACCUUGCAUUGUAUAAAUGUUAGUUGUUUCUGCUUUGGACUUUGUCAUCACGUGUUGUGAAAUUAUGAAUUUAUACAUUUUCUCAAUAAACGUUUCUAUUUUGUUUUAA